AUGAAAGUAACAAUUAGAUUAUCAACAGAAUCUUCAUUACAAAUAACAAUCCCAGACAAUUCAACAGUUGAAGAUUUGAAAAAUUCAAUAAAAGUAUCCUCAACAACUACAUUACCAAAAGAUUUUAAAUUAAUUUAUAAUGGUCAAAAACUACAACCUUUUAAUUCAACAUUAUCAUCUUUUGGAAUAGAUUCAACCCCCACCACCAAUCCAAUAAAUAUUAUAUUAAUGUCUCAAGGUACAGAUACUCCACCAACCUCACCACAAAUUGUAUCAACAAAUUUAAACUCAUCAAUACCUAAUUUAUCAACAACCACAAUUAAAAAAACCAAAAAGAAAAACAAAUGUUCAUUUAAGAAUUGUUCAUCUACUCCAUUAAGAAUGGUAGGUACUUGCUCUCAUUGUCAAGGUAAAUUUUGUGCAAAACAUAGAUUAUUAGAAGAUCAUAUUUGUAUUGGAUUACAAAUUUGUAAAGAUAAUGCUCAUGAAUCAAAUGCCAUGAGAUUACAACAAGAAAGUACUUUAGCCAGUAGAGUUUAA